UUUAAGAAGGUCCUGGCAAAGAUUACGCCGUGUCCAACGCGCCUUUUCAGAAAUUAAAAUGGGCAGGUGUGCGUUGGCGAUAGCCUGUUUUGAUAUUUAAACCAGUCUAUGAAAUAUAAUUUUACAAGUAAAUGGUUUAUGUGUAACCAUAUAAAAUGUGGCAAAACUCCAAUUUGCUUUGUAGUGAAUAUUUUUAUACUAAAUUUAAAGGCGCUUGACAGGCAUUACUUGAGGCAACCACAUAUUGUGUUAGGGGUUUGCUCGAUUUGAAUUUCUCCACUGCCGGUCUCCCAGUACUCCUUAUGAAAAUAUAGACCCCGUGCUCGCGGGCAGCCCAGGACUGAUAUUUCGAAUCGUCGUAAAUCUGUGAGGACCUUAAAUGUGUUCUUCCUGUGAGAAGUAAACAUUUCAGAAUUUAAACUGCUGUAGAGGGAGAUCUGUGAAAAACGCUGUCCCAUAUUAAAAACUUUAUUAAACAGUGUAAUAAUAUUGAAUCUUAUAACAGCCACAAACAGUUUAAUGUCGUCUUCACAGAGCGGCAGCACAGGCUGUUGCUGUUGACAACCAACGAAGAGACCCGGUGGUCACGUGAUAAGGAAAAACAAACGCGCGGUACUUUGUAAAGAGUUUUCUCAUAAGGAUAAAGAAUGGUAAUUUUAUUAUAAAAGCUACGAAAAACGAAAGUGUAAAACGACCAUGCUUUUGAUGCUUUUAUAGUAGAAGUGAUGCGGAGCAGUGGUCCGUGUAAUCGCGGCUUGAAAUAUGCCAAGUAGCGGCAGAAACUCAGAUUCAGUAAGACCCCGAUUAAACUAUGUCAGAUCUGGUGGUGAAACAAAACAAGUGCGCAAAGUUCACACCAGAAAGGUCCCUUACAGAGUUGGAUACAGCUGGAACAAAGGUGGAAGACUCAAGGAGCUGAGAAUAAGGCACCUAGCAAGAAAGUUUCUGAAGAUAUGGAUGCAGAACACCUUUGGCCGAGUUCUUCCUCGUGAAGCAAAGUCCCACUAUAACAGGGUAGUCCUGAGAAGAACCUUUGAAGGAUGGAGAGAAGAAUGGUGGUCAUCCAGGAGGGAGUGGAGUCUGACCAUGCGGGCAGAGUGUCACUACAGAUACUACCUGUGCAAUUGGACACUCCAUAACUGGCGAAUGUUUGUGUGUUUGCAGAGGGAAAAGAAGACCCAACUGCAAAAGGCUCAGUCAUUUGCCGACAAGCAGCGGAUGCGUCUGGUGUGGGACAGAUGGGAGGUUUUCACAGAGAUGAGGAGAACGAAGAACAGAAUGCUCGAAUCAGCUCUUGAGCAGUACAGGCUCUCAGUUAUGCGCUCAGCGUGGAACUUGUGGCAGACUAGGCUACAGCACCAUCGAGACCUUCGCAUUUUGGAGGAUCAAGUGCAGAAGCAGAGGGCACGAACCUUAACAAGAACGGCUUGGCUUCAGUGGAAAGAGAUGUACACGGCUGCUUCUUGCCAGAAAGAGAAAGAAUCCAAAGCUGCACUUCACCUUAUCUUCAGACUGAAAAGAAGAGCAUUGCAUCAGUGGAUAAGAUAUGUGGCCUGUCGGCAGACCAAGAAAGAAACACAAGCUUUAGCUCAAUGUGCCUGUUGUCGCCAUCUGGUGAGGAAGUGUUGGAGUACAUGGAGCAAUGCUCUGGAUCGCAAACAGAGUGAAGAGACGCGAUUGCAAGCAGCAGCCCUCUUGGCCAUGCAGAGCAUCCAGCGCAGAGCACUGGUGCACUGGAGAGCUUAUGUGGCAUUGUGCAGAGAAGAGGCUGAAAGAACCAACAAAGCACAUCGGCAUCUCCAACAUCAUUUACUGCGUGCUGGAUUGCGAGGGUUGUCUCUUAAUGUCAUGUGGAACAAAACACAUCGACUGAACCACCAUAUGGCUGUCCAGCAUUGUCAGCAAACGAUGACUCGUAAGUACUGGAAACUGUGGCAGGAUCGUGUGGAGGAAGCUGAAGACCAGAGUUUUAAACCCCUAACAAAAAUGGCACGGAGUAACUACAGCACUUCACUGCUGAGAAGAUGCUUUCACUACUGGAGAGAGAAACUUGCUGAGCAAAGACACAUGCAGGAACUGGAGUGUCGUGCAGACAUUUGGUAUGUAGACCACAUGCUGCCUCUGUGUUUUCAGUCGUGGGUUGAGUUUACUCAGCAGAGUAGACUGAGUCAACAGAGAAGACUCAAAGCUGAAGUUUAUGAUCGGCGGCGCCAGUACACCUGGGUGUUUUACACUUGGUGGGGAAAAUCGGAGAAACGCAAGGAAGAGAUGCUUUCUGAGCGGAUGGCAGUUCUUCAUGACGAGAGAUGCCACAAGCAGAGAGCCUGGACCAGAUGGAGACAGCGCACACAAGAGCAGAUCAAAGAGGUGGAGAAACAGGAGGCUUCGCAUUGUCUGUAUCGGCGCACACUUCUCCGCAAGACGAUGAUGCAGUGGAAGGAAAAUGGCACUGACAUACGAGACAGGAGAAACAGAGAGCAGCAGGCCUGCCAUCAGGGUGACCUGCGCCGCAUGAGAUUGGCUGUAGAAAAAUGGAAAAAGUUUGUUCAGAGCCAGAGAGCCAAGAAAAGCAAGCUCAGGGAGAUUCAGAGUUACCAUGAAGUUAAACUUCUCAAACACUCCUUUGUGGCCUGGAAGAAACACCACCUACAGAUGUCUCAGAUCUAUGACCAUGCAGAGGAGCUUCACAGGCAGCGCACACAGUGUUUUUUCAGAGAAGCGCUUACUGUAUGGAGGGAGAACGCAGAGCAGCGGGCAGAGAUUCGGCUCGCGGAGCAGCAAGCACAGAAUCACUUUUGUCACUCCCUUCAGCUUAAGGCGUUUCAUGCUUGGAGAGAUGCAACAACACUUGCAAUAUCAAAGCGCCUCCAGCAGGGGGAAGCACUCAGCAGGGCUCAGCAGUCUAUGAAUGAAGUGCGGCUGCUGCGAUUUUUCCGACAGUGGAGGAAUCAGACCAGGGAGGCACGGAGGGAGAGGAUAAGCAUGGAAAAAGCCAGGCGACACCAUAACUCCAAACUCCUUUCUAAAACUCUGAAAGCUUGGAACGCGCAUUACCACCAGCACAAGAAAAAUAAGGUGAUGAAACGACAGGGACUCUUAUUGCUGAGAUUAAAAAUGUACCAGACGUACUUUGAGCAGUGGAAAACGAAGCUGCAGCACAGACAGAGAGAGGCAAAGCAGGCGGAGCAAGCACUCUGGCAUUGGUCCCUCACGCUUCAGGCCAAGGUGUUGUAUGGGUGGAGGAUGUGGGUCACAGAGCAGCGGAGAAAACAAGAACAUGCAGCCAGAGCUGCACUGGUCUACAGAGACCAGCUGCUGAGGGAGGGCGUGACAUGCAUCCUCACAUAUGCUGCUCACAUGAAUGAUCUCACAACGGACCUUACGCAACACAGCCAACAACAAAGAUCACAACAUCUUCAGAGAGUUGUUAAACGUUGUGCUGCACGGUGGAAGCAACGGGCGCUGUGUAAACCACGAAGACAGCAAGAGAUCAGAGGGCAGCCACCAAAAAAGAGCGUGACCUUCUGUUUGAGCAGUGUUUCAUCGUCUGAUUCAGAGAAGCAGGAAGCUGAAGAUGGACUGCUUAGCAAGCUAACCCAACAACAAUCUGGCAUCACCAGCAUUAAAGCAACUCCAGACUCCUCUGAGUUCAGUCUCCCACAGAAAAAUCGUCUGGGGUCAUUCUGCCUCCAUCCUGAUAACGUUUUCGUUCCCUCUCUGCAUCAGAGCAGCGUCAUAUCUGCUGUGCCACCCUCUGAACCUCUCAGGUCCAACAUGGAGUUUCCUGAGGACACCCAAAACCAAGACCGUCUUUUACCUCCUUCUGCUUUCAUGACCACUAGGACACAGAAUAAAUUCAACUCAGGAGCUGCUCCAGUUGUGCCUUUUCCUCAGUCUGUCACUUCUUUGGAUCACCGCUCAUCUGCAUAUCCAGAGAUACAUCUGAACACUUCCAGUGGAGAAACUGAGGUUCCUGACGCUGAAGAUGAAAUAACUGAUCCAACGUCAGCUCUGAUGAGGGAGCUUCUCAGGAUUCAGCAGGACAUGAAGAGUUUCCAGCUGGACAGAAAGCAGCUCCGGGCAUGGCGAAAGCUGAAAGGGGUAUUACAGAGUUGGCUGCAGACCAGUGGAAAGGAUGAAGUGAUGGAAAAAAAUGCUGUCUGUCAAGAGUUGAAGGAGUUGGAGGAGAACAUCGACAGACUGUCAGCUAAACUGGAAAAACAUAAACCGGUGAUGUUGCUGCACGCUGAGCGAAUUCAACAUUUGCAGACUGUCCUCCAGGAUUUAAGACUUUAUGCUCCUCAUCAAAAAACAGAAACUAAAAACUCUGCGUUUCUAACAUGACAGGAAAUAAUGGAGAGCAUGACGGGCUCACCUGCUUAUUGCUUGUACUGUUGUUCAUGUGCCGGCAUCACAUUUUAUUAAAAUAGUCUGAUCUGAGAAUUAAAUGAGCAGAGGCUUCACCAGAGUGUGCAUAUUAUCUACUCAGUGUUUAUAGCUUUACUGCCCUCAACUCGUGAGGACCAAACUGAAUGGUUCUCCUUAAUUGUCAUGUGAAAUGUCUUUAAAUUGAUUCAGCAUUCCCAAGACAUAAAAGCACAGUGCCUAAAAGCACCGCUCAGCUCUACAUCUACACUGUAAAUGAGAACAUUGGAUAGGGGUCGUCCUUGUUGCAGAUGGUGCAAAAUCUGUUCCAUAUGUGUGCAAAGAGUGACUUUACUGUUUUCAGAGGAGGUGCCCUUACGCAAUAGGUUUUCUAUUAUCCUGUUGGUAGCAGUGCCUCUAAUACUUUGGAAAAUCACUGAACUAAAAUCACAGAUUUCAGUCUAACAGAGGGGACAGCGGUCUGUUUGCACAUUUGUUAAAUCUUUGCUCAACAGCAGGUCAAAAUGCGAGGAAUUUAUCCUGUUUUUAUCCUCUUUUUCAUCUUUGUGUGCUCUGUAAGUGGUAAGUGUUGCUAUUGAACUAGGUUAUUUUUAUUGUUUCUUAAAUUAUUUUUUGUUAAACAGCCUCAUUGUAUUGUCGAAGUGUUUCUAUUCCUUUGUACAUGUUGGGGAUUUUCUUGUUACCAUCUGUUUGGAGCUUUUGUUUUU